AUGCUAAUUAAAAUUGCUGUUACCAUCGGCUCCUCUGCAUUCAGAGGCAAGCCAUUGGACCCCAGUCUGCGACAUCAGCAGCAUCUUCAAUGCACUCUGUUGUGGCUGGGCACUCUUUGUGCUAAUGCACACGACUUUACCAGUCCCGGUCAGGUAACGCGCUACCCUUACCCGGUCAGGGUAACGCGCUACCCUUACCCGGUCAGGGUAACGCGCUACCCUUACCCGGUCAGGGUAACGCGCUACCCUUACCCGGUCAGGGUAACGCGCUACCCUUACCCGGUCAGGGUAACGCGCUACCCUUACCCGGUCAGGGUAACGCGCUACCCUUACCCGGUCAGGGUAACGCGCUACCCUUACCCGGUCAGGGUAACGCGCUACCCUUACCCGGUCAGGGUAACGCGCUACCCUUACCCGGUCAGGGUAACGCGCUACCCUUACCCGGUCAGGGUAACGCGCUACCCUUACCCGGUCAGGGUAACGCGCUACCCUUACCCGGUCAGGGUAACGCGCUACCCUUACCCGGUCAGGGUAACGCGCUACCCUUACCCGGUCAGGGUAACGCGCUACCCUUACCCGGUCAGGGUAACGCGCUACCCUUACCCGGUCAGGGUAACGCGCUACCCUUACCCGGUCAGGGUAACGCGCUACCCUUACCCGGUCAGGGUAACGCGCUACCCUUACCCGGUCAGGGUAACGCGCUACCCUUACCCGGUCAGGGUAACGCGCUACCCUUACCCGGUCAGGGUAACGCGCUACCCUUACCCGGUCAGGGUAACGCGCUACCCUUACCCGGUCAGGGUAACGCGCUACCCUUACCCGGUCAGGGUAACGCGCUACCCUUACCCGGUCAGGGUAACGCGCUACCCUUACCCGGUCAGGGUAACGCGCUACCCUUACCCGGUCAGGGUAACGCGCUACCCUUACCCGGUCAGGGUAACGCGCUACCCUUACCCGGUCAGGGUAACGCGCUACCCUUACCCGGUCAGGGUAACGCGCUACCCUUACCCGGUCAGGGUAACGCGCUACCCUUACCCGGUCAGGGUAACGCGCUACCCUUACCCGGUCAGGGUAACGCGCUACCCUUACCCGGUCAGGGUAACGCGCUACCCUUACCCGGUCAGGGUAACGCGCUACCCUUACCCGGUCAGGGUAACGCGCUACCCUUACCCGGUCAGGGUAACGCGCUACCCUUACCCGGUCAGGGUAACGCGCUACCCUUACCCGGUCAGGGUAACGCGCUACCCUUACCCGGUCAGGGUAACGCGCUACCCUUACCCGGUCAGGGUAACGCGCUACCCUUACCCGGUCAGGGUAACGCGCUACCCUUACCCGGUCAGGGUAACGCGCUACCCUUACCCGGUCAGGGUAACGCGCUACCCUUACCCGGUCAGGGUAACGCGCUACCCUUACCCGGUCAGGGUAACGCGCUACCCUUACCCGGUCAGGGUAACGCGCUACCCUUACCCGGUCAGGGUAACGCGCUACCCUUACCCGGUCAGGGUAACGCGCUACCCUUACCCGGUCAGGUAA